ACUACUGAACAAAACGCCUUGAGCGGUAGGACCCAGAGGACCUUUAACGUCUACCAACACUCUUGGACAAGCGCACCUCAAGAGACCUCAGCCAAAAAGGGCGUAAGAACCUUUCCAGAGCGAUUCAGUCGCGCUCUACAGAAGCUUAACACUGAACCCAUUUAAAUUAGCUUCUGACACUAACAGGAAAGUGGAAUGGAUCUCCUUACCAAAACUUUUCAUAUAAGAGGUCUUAGCAACUUUUCUUUGUAACACUUGGCAUGACAAUGUUUCUUGCGACAACGCGUGGACAGUGAUUGAAGAGAAUCGUCCGGGAGCGCAAGAUGAGCGCAUCAGUAGCCGUAUAUAGGAAUAUCUACACGGAAGAUCAGUUCAGACAGUCGUAUGGUACUGAAGUUGCCCGCAGUGAGCGACUGCGGGACAAACUGGCCGAGAGAUGCAGGUGCUCCCGGGCGGCGUGGCUCCACCUGCUGAGAGAGCGGGUCCCGAUUUUCAGCUGGCUGCCCAAAUACAAGCUGAGAAAGUGGAUAUUAGGAGAUACAAUAGCAGGAUUAACUGUCGGUAUCCUUCACAUACCUCAAGGAAUGGCAUUUGCCCUGCUGACUUCAGUAGCCCCCAUCUACGGCCUCUACACCUCUUUCUUCCCUGUCAUCCUCUACAUGCUCUUUGGCACGGGUCACCAUGUCUCCACAGGUACCUUUGCGGUGCUGAGUCUAAUGACCGGCUCUGUGGUGGAGCAGCUGGUCCCUUCACCCCUGCAGCUGAACAGCAGCAGCACGGAAGAGGCAGACUUCGAGGCGCAGAGGAUCGGCGUGGCCUCCGCAAUCGCCUUCCUGUCUGGAGUUAUGAUGAUCUGUAUGUUUUGCCUGCAGCUGGGCUUUCUGUCUACGUACCUGUCAGAGCCCAUAGUUAAAGCCUUCACAAGUGCUGCUGCUUUCCAUGUCACCGUCUCCCAGCUACAGAGCAUGUUGGGACUCAGGCUGCCUCGCUUUACGGGCACCUUCUCUCUCUUCAAGACCCUGGCCUCCGUGCUGGAGAACCUGCCCCUGACCAACCUGGCGGAGCUGGUGAUCUCCCUUGUCUGCCUGGUUGUCCUCGUGCCGGUGAAGGAGGUGAACACGCGGUUCCGGCACCGCCUCCGCACACCCAUCCCAGUGGAGAUCCUCACUGUUAUCACCGCCACAGCAAUUGCUUAUGCUUUUUCAUUGGACUCAAGAUACGACAUCGAGAUAGUGGGAACCAUUCCAGCAGGUUUCCCGCAGCCUCAGCUGCCUGCUCUGGAUAAGCUUCCGCUGGUUGCUAGAGACACCGUCGCCAUAACCUUCGUGGGCUACGCUGUGUCCGUCUCACUGGCUAUGAUAUAUGCCGACAAGCAUGGAUACUCAAUACAUCCCAACCAGGAACUUCUGGCACAUGGAAUCUCCAACACUGUCUCCUCGCUUUUCACCUGCUUCCCUAGCUCAGCCACUCUGGCUACUACCAACAUCCUGGAGAGUGCAGGGGGAUAUACACAGCUGUCAGGCUUGUUCACUAGCAUGGUGGUGCUAAUUGUGUUGCUGUUAAUUGGCCCCCUCUUCCACUUCCUGCCAAAGGCAGUGCUUGCCUGCAUAAACGUCACCAGCUUGAGGCAAAUGUUCCUGCAGUUUAAGGAUCUGCCAGAUCUAUGGAGAAUAAGCAAGAUUGAUUUUGUGGUGUGGCUAGUGACCUGGUUGGCAGUGGUGGUCCUCAAUGUUGAUCUGGGUCUAGCUAUUGGUGUUGUCUUCUCCAUGGUGACAGUCAUCUGCCGGACGCAGAGGGCUGACUGCUCAGUGCUGGGAAGGGCUUCAAACACAGAGAUCUACAGGCCCAUUGAGAAUAACAACAAGUGCUGCGAGGUCCCCGGAGUGAAGAUCCUGACCUACAAUGGGCCCAUAUAUUAUGGAAACCGUAGUUUCUUCCGGGAGGCCAUGACUCGGCUGCUGAGCCUGACCCCGGAGAGGAUCCGAAGCAUAGAGAAAGCCAGGAAGGCUCGCGAGAGAAGGGACAGAGAUGCCAUCCCCACUGUGGAAAGCGGCGUGGCUAAUACAUCUUUUUCUUCUGAAAACGAAUUCUUCAAAUCAGACAAUGCAGCUGACAGUGAGGUUCAGGUGGCGCUCAUUGACUGCAGCAGUGUGAAUUUUGUUGAUGUUGCUGGAGCCAAGUUAUUCAUUCAGAUGUGUACUGAAUGCCAGAAGGUGGGGAUUCGCUUAUACCUGGCAAACUGUAAUGAGAGAGUGUUGAAGAUCCUGACCUCAAGUGGCCUGAUGAACUACAUGAAUCCUCAGCACAUUUUCGUUACGGUCCACGAUGCGGUGGUCUACAUUGAGCAGCAAAAGGUAAAAAGUCUUAUGGAUUUCUUCCUUAUUUUUCAGAAGACAUUAGGAGACGAUUAUGGAUUCUUUGCCUUCAAUUGAAAUGAAUAAUGAAAGAUUGCAUGUUCUACAAAAAUAUUUGCCAGACUGAACUGGACAUGCUUCUUUGGUAAAACUGAAAACAAAAUAUACCUGUAAUGGAUUUGGACAAAUGUGCAUACAGAGGUUGCAUGUGCACCCUGUGUUGAACAGGUUUUCUCCAGCUACCUCUGAAUUGCCCGUAGUGUAUGUGCCCUAGGUUGAACUGGAUCCUGUCUAGGAUGUGACACCCCUGCCUUGUGCCCUAUACUUUCUGGGAUAGGGCUCCCUGGGAUGGUAUAAGCAGUUAUGGAUAGAUGAGUGGAUUGGCUCUGGACAACAUGAUCAGUUAGCAGAGGUGAAAAUUUCAGGUCCAGAAAGUAAAAAUCCAGACCAAGAUUUUGUUUCAACCAACCAGUUGAGUGACUGUUGCUCAUUUGCACAAAGUAUAUGUAACCCUGUAACAUACUCUAGAGAAUACAUUCUAUGUGUUUCUCACGAGUACACAUUUACACCCAGUUGACUGCUGGGAUUGUUGAGACAGAGGCUGCUGGGAUUGCUGCACUGAGAGAGGGUGGUCUAUACGCUGUGUACAGUUGUGUGCGUGUUGCAGAGGUUGUUUGGGAUUGUUUGGGGUAUAUUUGUUUGUGUGUGUGUGUGUGUGUGUGUGUGUGCUCAUACAGUUUAUGUGGGUGGCUAUUUUUUUUACUUUGGUCUGCGUGUGCGCUUGUCUUUCCUUGUUAAUGAACAGUGCUAGUGUUACCAACAGCAAGUUGCAGCUGUGGGUGUAACAUACUUGGCAAAAUAAAGUGAUUCUGAU